GCUCGUCAUGAAUUUUGAUAAAAUGAGAACGUGGCCGUCACGUUGCAUGCUGGGAAAGUGAGUUUUCCUUCUACUUUUCAACAUUAACAGUUUUGAUCGUUCUAUACAAAAUUACUUUUAAGGUAAUUUUAGGCAUUUAUUAUAAUGUCUAAAAGGCCUCUACACUUUUCUACGUGUAUAAAUCCUCUCAAACUACUGUAGUUUUCAUCGCUGCAAAGCGAGGAAACUACAUUUCCCGGCAAAUCCCAGUUUUCGCAGCGCUUCCUGUGUUUACAAGCGAAAUGAAAAUGAUACAGUGCCAUCUGAAAUCGCAGUAUACACUAAACGUAUGCUUUUAAAUGUUAUUUUCUUGAAGAUUUAAAGUGUCACGGUGUGCCUCCCUGAAGAAUCUCAAUAUGGAUAAUCGCUGUUACGGCUGUGCGUCAAAGUUCACUCUCUUCAGAAAAGAGUUGGGCUGUAGAAACUGUGGCCAUUCUUUCUGCUCUGGAUGCCUGACAUAUAAUGUUGUGGUGCCAAAAUUUGGAAACAGUCAGCAGAAAGUGUGCAAACAGUGUUAUGGAAACCUAACCAGUUCGGGCAUCCAGACUGAUGCUGGCAGAUGGUCCCCACCUGAAAACUACAAAAAGCGAGUCGCUGCUCUCGAAGCCAAACAAGCUCAGCAGAAUCAUCCUUCAAGACCUGCGGGAGGAAAGAGCAGCACUGUGAGUCCGAUUCCAACCAGAGGACUCAGUAAAGAGGACCAGAUCAUCGCAGAACGACUCAACAAGCUGAGAGAGGAAACCAAGCCAAAGUCCAUACCGUCAGAGACGGAGCUGGAGUCUCGUCUCGCUGCCUUGAAGGCCCCGCUUCAGUCCGUGCCGUCCGCUGAAGACAUGGAGGAGCGUCUGGCUGCUCUUCAGGGACGACCCUCGCCCGCUCGAGCCCCACGGCCUGUUCAUCAGCCGCCCGACGGCAGAACGCAGACGGAGCAGACCAACGAUCUGAUCUCCCAGAUGACUGAAGAAGUUGCUAUUGAUAACCAGCAUCCAUCUUCACAGGAUGCAGACAGACCGUUAAACGAUCUUAAUAAACAAGAGGGUGGGGGUUUAAAUGAGAACGUGGAUGACGGCGAGCUGUCAAUCAAACAGCUGGAGGCGGAGAAGAGCCGCGUGCUGGAGGAGGCCAUGCAGGAGCUGAAGAAAGACAAACACAACCAGCAGCAGAUGCUGGAGAUGACCAAGAGACUGGCUUCCCUGCAGGGACGGGAUCCUGAGCAGGUGUCUCUGUUUGUUCAGUCGGACUGAGAUUUCCAGCAGCCCGACAGUGACGAGGAGACGGAGGAAGAGGCCAUCAGCAGAGUGAUGAAGCAGUUAUCAGAGGAAGCGGCUCUAGAUGAGGCCAGCGGCUACAACAUCCCACCGGAGCUCAGCGGCCCGAUGAACCGAGAGAAGGACACGUCCAGCAGGAAACCGCCGUCAAAAUCAAAGCCGGCAGCUGCUGUCUCACAGGUCCGGCGCUUAGACGAUGGAGAUUGUGAUGAGGAUGAGGAUGAUGAAGAGCUGCCGUGGUGCUGCAUCUGUAAUCAGGACGCCGUCAUUCGCUGCCACACGUGCGAGCGGGAUCUGUACUGCACCCGCUGCUUUAGGGAAGGCCACGACAAAUACGACAGAGAAGAGCAUCGCACCUCCUCAUACACAGCUCCUAAGAAAGGCCAGAAGAAAACCUAAACCUCCACCAGCAGCCUUAUGUGUCAGAUGAUUUAACUAAAUAAGUGUAGCUUAUUUAAUAAUAAUAAUAUUGCCUCAAUAUGUUUCAGCCUUAGACUCAAGAUCAUUCAAAGUCUUCAAAGCUUUCGUUAGACUCUUUGUAAUAUGACUGUCUGUAAAUAUAAAACUGGACAUCAAUAAAACACUUGAACAUGA